AACUACCUUUUGCAUUAAAACACUGUUGCAGUUGCGCACUCACCUUGACUCUCUAGCCACUGUGCUCUCUCUCGUUUUGGGCUCUCUCAUACUCACCAUUCGGCUAUCCACGCAACACGUUUACUGCAUUAGCAGAGCCGGCGUUCUCAGUGCGCGCAGCUAAGCGAACGCUGUGCUGAGAGUCAAAUCAGUCUGCAAUUGCUAUUCGAACAGAACGCACGUGCCUCGCCUCGCAGCGCAUCGAAAAUCGCAUGAAACAAAAAUCAAUCGCGUAGUCGGCACAAAUCUCACUUUGUAAUUUGCAAAUAUUUUAUUUAUUUAUUUUUUUUUAUUUGUGACAUACACAAAAAGCAAACCAUACAGAUCGUGCAAAAAGACGACACCCACAACAACUAAAGAGGACCCAACUGAAGCGGGAAAAAAGUGGAAUAAACUGUAGAAGCAGACCAAAAAGAUGCUCAAGUGGGCUGUCAACCAGCCACGUCCUUCCUACCUGGACAAGGCUUCCGAUGCUGCUUCCACUUCCACUUCCCCCACUCCCUCCUGCUCCCCAUGCCGUUCCCCCACUGCGACGCCCUUGUUGAUGCAGCGCGUCAAGGCGAAGCGUCACUGUCCGCUUGGCCUGGGCAAGGAGAACAUCGAGCUGACCUCGACCUCCACUCCAUUGCCAGCUGCCUCGACACGGACGCCACUGCUCAGAGAUCUGAGCAACAUCAUCAACAUGUCGCCACUGCAGACCACAACUAACACCACAACCACAACGACUCCUCAGGUGCAACGCUGCCGCAGCCAGCUUCAGCUGAAGCCAACAACGGUCUAUGCAUCCACGCUGCCCACCUUUGAGGCGGAGUACUCGCCCAGCUACCGGACGAACCAGGAGAUCCAGAGCAACAACAUCAUUCCAGGACCUCUGCUCGCCCUGCGUGGCAUCGGCAUCCCCGACAGCUACUUCGAGAAGCCACGCUACCUCGAGCAGAAGUCCAUUCCCCAACCCUUGCCCUCCGUCUCAACAGAGGCGGGAGAUGCGCCCUCAGUGGAACCCACCUUGAGUUCUACACAAAUGGGCGACGUGACGCUUGAGCGGAUGAUCGAUGCCAUUCUCGAGAGCACGCGUAAGCCACCAAGUGGAUUAGGAGCAGCAGCAGGUCGUCCUAGAUGUCGCCAGCGACUGCGACAUCGUCACCAGCAUCAGCAUCAACAACGUCUCCUCUCCACUGGAGUCGUCCACUCGCCCACCUAUCGACCCGCAUUCGAUCCAGCCAGCGAUCUCCGCGAGUACUGGCAAUCAUCACCUCCAGCUCGAUCGAGCAUCAAUCCCGAUGGCUACGAGGAGCGAGAGGUGUGCUCCCCACAGCCACAGCCACAGUCAGGAUUGGGAGUGAAGCAGGGACGCCGCUCGCUGCAGCUGCAGCUGAGGAGACAGCGCGUGGUGCGACGCAAGCGGAAGAUCACCACGAAGAUCUCGUCGAGUGUUAGGCAAUCGGCGCAGAAGCUGCUCGCGGCUGCCUCACGCUCCGCCCAGAAGAAGCUGCCACAUGCCACAUCCACAUCCAGCACUUGCAGUUCGCGUUCCAAGCAGCGCCACAUCAGUCCCGACAGCGGUCACAACUCGACAAGUGACUGUGAGCUUGAUCUGGAGGAGGAGCUGUCGCUGGGACGUGGACGUGGAUGUGGACUGGGCGAUGAGGAGCAGGAGGCAGCCUGCAAGCUGGAUGCGAUUUGGCUGCACUCGGAGGCGAGGGAUGCGACUAAGCGACGUCUAAGUUUCUCGCUCAACGACGACAGCUGAUUCCACAUAAAUUAUACAGUAAUUUAUAUCAGGGUUCAUGGAUCAACUAAUCCCACACGGAUCACUUAGAUAUAACAACUUUUUUUUUUA